AUGGUAGAGAAGGCUCACUACUUGGUUACACUCAGCAAGACAUCACAGAAUUUACAUGAUGGCAUCCAGCCCAACCCUGACGACAUGAUAUGCUCAUAUAUACUGAGCGCGGCACUCCAUGGUUCGGGUAGUACUCACUAUGGCUGGGCGCACGCUGCCGAGGCGGUCUUGUGCAUGAGGAAAUUGAGGUUGGUCAAACGGGAAUCACAUAUUGAUCUGGGCUUCGUAAAGUCCGAAAUGUGCAAACGAGCGUUUUGGACGAUCUUUAUUAUGAUGGUCCACGAUAGACUCGCAUAUCCAGUGCCGCAUACGGGGAUUAGUUAUAACCCGGCUUCCAUUGACUGGGACUUCCUUGUUUUACUUGAGGUUGAUGAUCCAUUGCCGGAUGAAGUGGAACAAAGCCAAGAUUCCGCGGUCACAGCUAUGCUAGCUGGGUUCAUUGCAUUGAUCAAGAUAUAUCUCUGCGCAAUGGCAUUGCAACCCCAGAAACUACCCGGAAACCCACGUUAUGGUCAAUUCUCACCGCCAUGUCCAGAACAGACAUCCAAAAACUAUGGCAGCAGCAUCCUGACUUUCGCACAAGGCAUGCAUAUCAUACAAGAUUUGCAGAAUAUCACCAGUCAAUUACCUGAUGAAUUGAGGCUUUUCAAUAAAGAUGGGUAUACAAAGCAAGACACUUGUUCUUUUGCCAUCCCGCGGGCGAACGUAUACAUAACAAGUCUUUUCAUCCAAAGUAUCAUCUUUGCGACAGUAUCAGCCAACAUUUCACCAAUUGCGGAAUCAAAUCAAUACCUCCACCAAACGAAGCCGUCGGAUAUGUCUCAGUCCGACGAAAACAACGAUAUUAAGCGUCAAUUACUCAAACUCCGGAAGGGAAUUGCUCAACAAUUAUUUCACAUCAUUACUGCCACGCCCAUCUCCGCUCUCAGAGCAAAUGGAAUUGCUGCUGUUUCGAAACUCCGGGAGAUCACAGCUGCUUUGUUGAGCUGCAGAAUCGAUAGCUCAUAUCGUGACGAAGAAGAAGAAGAGCAAGUUCAGUCAUGCAUCAAUUGCCUGAUCACUACUCUAGUUCAACUCGAUGAUAUAAAGCAAAUACACGAAGAGUAA